CCGUGGAGCUGGUUAGGGGAUGCGAUGAGAGAGAUCCAGAGGAUGGUCUUCACCGAUGUCGCAGGAGGAUUCUCACCAGAUCUAAACAUAUACUCUGCCUCCAGAGCACCAAUGGAGAUUUCAAGGGACUUUUAAAGAUUGACUUUCCUGACAAAGACAGUGGAAGCAGGACGGACCAAAACCUACAACAAUGGUCAUUUGUAACAACAGAAGAGGCCACCAAUGAAGAGCAGAUAUCUUUAUCUAUUUUUACUUUGAAACAUUUUUAAGGAGCUAUUUUUAUUUAUUAGAUUAAUAAUGGACACUCCCUCAGCUCCUCAGAUUAUUGUGGACAAGGCUAGUGACCUGGCGGAAGCAGAAUGUGUGGAAGACAUGGAUUUGCCUACAGACGACCAUCUCAUGAACCUAAAGGCGUUGACAGAGAAACUAAGACUGGAAACCAGGCGGCCUUCUUACCUGGAGUGGAAAGCCCGGCUUGAGGAGGACGGCUUCAGAGAAUCGAGAAGUGGAAAAUUCCCGAUCCAAGUGGAGCCUGAUGGGAAAGUGGUCCCCCCCACAGAGCCUGUAGUGAAGUCUGAUGGGAUUCAGUGCAAGUUGCCAUCAGGCGUACUGAAACGAUUUGAGAACAUCGAUGAAGCUCUCAGUUGGCUGAGGAGAGAACUGACUGACAUGCGCUUGCAGGACCAGCAGCUGGCGAGGCAGCUCAUGCGACUCCGCAACGACAUCAACAAGCUGAAGAUAGAGCAGACGUGCCACCAGCACCGCCGGAUGCUCAACGACGCCACCUUCGGCCUCGAGGAGCGCGACGAGCUGUCGGACCUGCUGUGCGAAUGUCCCGUCACGCCGGGUCUCGGCCUCUCCGCCCCGCUGAGACUCAUCGGCGUCACCAAGAUGAACAUUAACUCGAGACGUUUCUCGCUCUGCUAGUGGCGGUGAUGGCAUUCUGGCAGCAAGACCCUAGAGAACAAAGCAGAAUGUCUAAUACUACCCUUGCUCCAGUGCAACACGGCAGUCCUGGCCGUUUGUUGGACUGUGGGGAAAUCCUCUUGACCACAAUGUUGUGAGGAUUAGAACUAGAUGUUACGUCUGUUUUUGCAGUCCCUAUAAUCAAAGAGAGAAAUUUAGAUAAUGUAUAUUAUUUUGAAAGAGUGCAGUAGGUACAUAUGUAGUGUUUGUUUUCUUCCAGACUAUACAUGACUUUGGCAGCUAUAAACAGAAACCUCUGUCUGAAAACCACAGCAGAUUUUAGACCUUUAGGCCAUCAUGACUUGAAACAGAAUACUUGAUGUUUUUAAACUACAGUAAAGCAAUCUCAAGCUUACUCCUUUCCGCCUUUUUAAGCCUUAUAAGUUAUACUGUUACCACUUACUCCUAUAUAUUUCCAUCUACAAGCCAAGAUUUAUCAAGCACAAAUCCAAUGUUUAAACAUAUUCUCUCUGUAUGAUGUUUUCAGUGUGGAAAGAAUGUUUUACUUUCCACGUCCUGCAUCUUAAUCUAAAUGUUUUGUGCUUUUAAAAAGAUGCCUUAAUAUUGAUACAAAUUGUACACUAGUAUAUACCCAAUGCAUAUUUGAGUUAGCAAGCACCUGUAUCAAUUUAGCAAACAUUGUUUGUUUUUUUGUAGAAUAUGAUGAAAAUGAUUUAUUCUUUAUAACUAUUGUCACAAAGCACUAGUUUGUGUUCUCACAAUGGUUUCCAGUAAUUUGCUGAAGUCUGUUCCUUAAAAGUAAAGAUGUAUUUAGCUCUUUGCUGGAGCUCCACCCCUUUUUAUGCCCU